CUAGUGGUACUCUCUCUCUCUCUCUGCACUUCGUCUUCAUCAAAGUCUCAGCUCGUCAUUUCAUAAGCUUAUCAGAUUAUGGUUGAGAGCCAACCAUGGUGGACCAAUCUGAUACUGAUGCCUAAGGGUUUCAGAUUCCGUCCGAGAGAUGAAGAACUCGUUGGUCAUUACCUCUACCACAAACUGAUGGCUGAUGAUCCUUCCAUCCACAACAUCAUCCCUGAGAUUGAGAUUUGCAAGUACGAACCAUGGGACUUACCAGCAUUAUCGCUGAUCAAGUCGGCGGACUCGGAAUGGUUUUUCAUCAGUCCUCGCGAUUACAAGUACUCAAACCGUACUCUGUGUAAUAGGACAACAUCACGUGGUUACUGGAAACCCACCGGUCAAGAGAGGAAAAUCAAGGAUCGAGUCACCAACAAUGUCAUUGGGACCAAAAGGACACUAGUUUUCUACCGAGGACGUGCUCCCGGCAUUAAAGAUAAUUGGGUUAUUCGUGAAUGUCAUGAUGCCCUCUUCCCUCCCAAUCAGGUAAGCUUCGAGCUAGGGGUUUAG